AUGCAUGACUCUCCAGCGUUUACCUACCUGAUUCUCCGUCGCCGACCCAGCCUGUUCCCGACCUGCUCUCUUCGCCUGCCUCCCCGUCUCAAUCCCCGACAACGUUCUCACACGUGUUGUCGGCUCGUCGUGCUACGGGGCUUCCUGCUCUCCAGCCACAAUGUUCUCGCAUUUCCGGACAGUUAUCUUUUUGAGUGGUACCGUUUCACAUCACAGUCCAUAUUAUACAUACACAACCUAAUCUGUCCGUACAUUUGCAACAUUACCAACCGCAGUCAUGCUCUCACAUCCCAUCAGAUAUUGUGUGUUGCGCUGCGGUUCUUUGCAAAUGGCAGUUUCUUGUAUAAUGUCGGAGAUGCAGAGCAUUUAAGCAAGGCAACUGUAUGUAGGGCGGUCAGAAAAGUGUGCCUGGCCCUGAAACGACUUUUACACAUCUUUGUCGUUUUCCCUGGACAUAAACCUGUCAGAGCCAUCAAGGAGGAGUUCCACAGGACUGCAGGAGAGUCUGAUGGCCUUCUGCUGGGUGACAGGGGUUACCCAUGCCAACCUAGGCUGAUGACCCCAUACCCUGACCCUGAACCAGGCCCCCAACAGAACUUCAACCGGGCUCACUGCAGGACAAGAGCCCGGGUGGAGAUGACCAUAGGCCUGCUGAAAGCCCAUUUCCAGUGCCUGCGUCACCUCAGGGUGACCCCUGAGAGGGCCUGUGAUAUUAUCGUGGCAUGUGUUGUUCUUCAUAAUAUUGCCACUAUUAGAGGAGAGCAACACCCUGCCCUACAAUUUGAAGACCCAGAUGAUGACCCCAUCCACCUGCCAGCUAUCCAGGACGGCGGAGCAGUCAGAGACACCAUAUGCCAUAAUCACUUCAGAGUUUAA